AUGGGUGCCCAUUCAAAACGGUCACAUACCUUAACGUUGAAAGCGUUGGGUCGUUGCUCAAAGGGUAGCAACGACGAUGAAGAAAAGAGAAAGAGAAAAGGUUUGAGGCAACCGUUGACGGAAGGAAGGCCAGUGGUAGUAGUUGGUUGUCAACGUAGAUACGCGGGCAGUCUAGAGAAACUCCAUUUCGACUCAAGCGGUGAUGGUCGCUUAACUUUUAUGGAGUUUAAGCAGCAUAUUCAUCAACUUUUGAAAGUUGACGUAAGCGAUGCAGCCAUUAAAAAUUUGUUUAAUUCCGUGAAUAAAGGCUCAGAUGAUUACAUCACAUUAGAUGAGUGGCUGGACACACUGGACGCGACAUCUCUCAAGGAUGUCGGUGAUGAAGAACUGAAAAAUGUUGUCGCCCAAAUAGACACAAGUGGAGAUGGAAAAAUCUCCUUACAGGAAUUGAAGAGCGACGAGCUGCCCCUCUCACCUUCGCUGACCACACGAAGCAACCAAACUCAGCAGCAGCGACCAGUGAAGCCAUCAGCUCCCAGUCUUGUUGCCGACUUCAGCAGCCGGCCGACCCAACUUCAAACUACCAAGCUGCGUUCUUACACGAUACCAAGGACGAACAGACUACACCAGCGCCGUCCGCGUCGAUCCUCUCUCUUCUUAAGCGCCGACGCGCUCUUUAGAAAAGGUUGUCAACAACAGCUAAUCAUGCCGCUCAGCCGGGAACAAUACAAGAAAUGUUUUCUUGAGUUUGACACAAGCGGAGAUGGGAAACUUUCUUUUUCCGAAUUCAAAAACCACCUGUCGAAGAUUCUUCAUGUUAAUGUCAGUGAUAUGGCUGCCAAGGGUAUAUUUGAUAGUGUCAAUAAAUCUAAUGAUUCUUACAUCUCACUCGAGGAAUGGCUAGAUUCCUUGGACAGGAAAUCCCUCAAGGAUGUUGGCAAGGAAGAUCUGAUGGCAGUCUUUAAAAGAGUCGAUGUAAAUGGCAAUGGUACCAUUAAUUUUUCUGAACUGAAAAAGCUCCUUAAAAGUUUGAAUUGCACUCUUCCUGAUGAAGAGGUAAAAAAGUUUUUCGACCGUGUUGACAGCAGUGAUGAUGGUGCUAUAGGUUUCAAUGAAUUUGCAGAAGAGUUUUUCAAAGAUGUUUAA